GAUCACCGGCAUCAGUCGACACCAUCGGAUCUCAUCCUCCGGUUCGCGCCGAUAAGACCGGAGCAGCUAGCUCGAUCAGCCAGUCUUGCAGUGUUGUGUAGUGCUCCCCACGAUCAUCUCAACUCCACCCGGUGAUGUUGAGAAAACGUUGAUGUGUGUGUGCUGUGACCGUCUCCCCGUGGAUGUAGUAAGCGUAAACAUCGGUCACAUCUGCUCCCCAGAUUUUGAUGCGCACGCACGAUCUCUGGAGGGGCGAACAGCAAGGAUGCGCCCGCAGUGGCAGUUGCCCUUCGCCCAGUUAGCUCACUCACUUGCGCCCUCUCGCUCUCGCGCCCUAACGCGAGGGUUAGCAUGAGUUUACACGCAGCGCACUGUUCUGCACCGUUCGGAGCAGAUACUGGUCCCAGAGUGAAGGGAUCGGUGCCCUGUGCUGUGCUGAGAGUGCUGCUUUCGGAUGUUUUCUGCUGGUCGUUUUGGGGACUGAACUGCGUUUGUGGCUGACUUUACCGUCGAGUUAAUAGGCACCCGACUGCAUGCGGAUUAAUUUAGAACGAUCGGGGUGGAUGGGUACAACGAGAUCGAUUUAGAUCGUGUCAGUUUUUCAGCCGGUCCCCAUGGAAGGAUUGUGAUCGAUCGAUCGUCUAGACGUUGGAGUUUUUGCAGUGUGUGAAACCAUAAUUGCAGUGUGUAAAAAACUGAACGAAAAGCGCAGUAUAAAAUAACAUCAAAGUGAGUUUUAGCGAAGGUGUUGAGUGUGGGGCGUUCAAACGGAUUCUCCAGACCGAAGGCCACGCUGCCAAAGUGUGUUUUAUUGUGGCAGCGAAGUGUGAUCGUUCGUUUGGGAUAGCUUUAUUAUUUGUAGAGCAAUAAAAUUGGCAAAAAACAGAGCGAAUCUUCGACGAUGACGGAGACGGUUCAUGAUUUUUAAAGCUGAAGAGGUUUGAUGUAUACUGGAUGAGCCUGGUGUUUAUGAUUUCUGAAGAGCUCAGGCAAUGUGCAUAAUUUGAGUGAUGAGAAAUUAACACUGGUGGGAGUGGACAGCAGCGCUUAUUAUUGUCGUUUGAAGAGUUUUGAUACAAGCGGUACAACGCUAGGCACAAUAGGCAACCCAACCACAACGACCAACGUAUCGUCGGCAGCGCGUCUGCGGCCGAAAAGUAACACUUCUUCAGAGCGUACCGAUUCCUACCGCUUCUCGAUGGCGAACCUGGAGGAAACGCAGGAGGCCGAACUGGAUGCCAUAUUGGGCGAACUGAGCAUACUGGAGGAGCGAGGUGAUCUGCGCCAUGGUCGAAGUCACAGUCGCACCAACUCCACAAUAUCCGCCGCCACCAAUACGACACUGUCGUCGGAAAGCGGUUGCAGCAGUGUGGCAGCCGAUACAGUCUGCAGUGGAGGUAGCAUUGCCAGCGGCAUGGGAGUCGGUGGAGUCGGUGGAGUUAGUAUCAGUCUGCACCGUGAACCACGUACCGACAGUCCGGACAAUGAUUCCGCGUUCAGCGAUACCGUAUCGCUGAUGUCGAGCGAAUCGUCCGCUUCCAGCAGCGUGAGCAGCUCCCAUCUGAAGCACCUCCAGGCGGCAGCCGGUGGUACGGUAGUGCACAGCGGUGCUACCUCGGGACCAACAGUUAACCAACAGAAUUUGCUGGACGGUGGCAAGCAGGCCAAAAUUCACCUCGCACUGCAAAAGCUAGAACAGGCCUCGGUACGGCGGCUGUUUGUGAAGGCGUUCUCUGCCGACGGUGCCUCCAAGUCGCUACUGGUCGACGAAACGAUGAGCUGCGGGCACGUGACACGCCUGCUGGCAGACAAAAACCACGUCCAGAUGGAGCCGACUUGGGCCAUCGUCGAGCACCUGCCCGAGCUGCAGAUGGAGCGACUGUUCGAGGACCACGAGAUGCUGGUCGACAACCUGAUGCUGUGGAAUCGGGACUCGAAGAAUCGCGUACUAUUUCUUCAGCGACCGGAUAAGGUAGCGCUGUUCAAGACACCCGAAGCGUUCCUGCCCGGCACACAGAUGGCUCCCGGAAGUGAGCACGACGAGCAAACGAGGACAAUGUUGCUGGAUGAGUUCUUCAACAGCGGGAGCCAGAUCGCGCUGGAAGGACCACUGUACAUGAAGAACGAUGCCAAAAAGGGCUGGAAGAAGUAUCACUUUGUGCUGCGGGCAUCCGGGUUGCAUUACUACCCGAAGGAAAAGACACGUUCGGCCAAGGAUUUGCUGUGCCUGGCGCUGUUCGCCGGUCACGAAGUGUACCGUGGUCUUGGAUGGAAGAAGAAGCACAAAGCCCCGACGGACUAUACGUUCGCAUUGCGGUGUCCGAAGGUACCGCCCGGUGUGAAGGGCGUUCGGAUGGUGAAGAUGCUGUGUGCGGAAGAUGCGUCCACGAUGGAACAGUGGAUAACGGCCAUACGCGUUAUGAAGUAUGGAAAGAAGCUCCUAGACAAUCACCGGACGCUGUUAGAUGAUCUGGCACGGGAAGAGCUUGACAAGCUUAGCUCCGCACGGAGCAGCUCCAUCGGGAGCAUUGUAUCGUCCGUUCCUUCGCAGUGCAGUACCGGCAGCAGCAACAGUAGCGGAAGUGGUAGUAAUCAUCUUCUUGUUCCUCUCAACACAACCAACGGCACCAACGGCAAUGGCUGCACUGCCAACGGUAAUGGACGGCUCUCGAGAGCGUCCUCGUCCAGCUCGAGCGGAUGUCUGUCGGACGAGAACAACGGGUUCGAUUCCGAGUUUCCGACCGGCACCAUUAAGCGCAAACCUUCGAUGAAACCAAAUCUGCCCCUCACCUCGAUGACUCGUCAGCUGAAGGAAGUCGGUGAGACGACACGACUGAAAGAUUCGCCCGGUGCCGGAUCGAUAGGAUCGGGUUCGUUCGGUGAAGGUGGCACACUCACACGGCGUCACAGUCGGCGAAGAAGCGAAGAGAGCACCGGAAGCGGUACCCUAAAGCGACGCCCGAUGCCAACCCAGAAUCGUGGCUCGAUCGAAAGCAUGAGUUCCUCCGCAUCCACACCAACGCCUGUUGGCAGUGUGUUGAACACGCCGGUUAACUUUGAACCGCCGGUGACCAUCUUGAGCCCGUCGUCUGCUCAUCCAACGAUCGUGACACCUGCCGGUACGAUCGUUGAACCGAUACCGUCCUGCAUGACUGACUCGACGUUUUCACUUCCGCCACCGCCGCCACCUCCUGCUACGGACGACCCCGCGAACUUUUCCGGCUCUACUCUGUCGCUCGAUUCGCUGCCGCCUCCGCCACCACCGAACGAACUCGACAACUCAUUUAGUGGAUCUCAACUGUCGCUGGCUUCCGUGCAAUUACCUCCACCGCCACCACCGUCAGUGACAUCGGCUUCUUCGGCGGCGGCUUCGGCAAUGGCGGCGUCGGUAGCAUCGUCUUCCAUGCCAACGGUGCAGUCUUCCUCGGCAGUUCCUCCAGCCGUUAGCACGACAACCACAACCACGAACGCUGCUUCCACUGUUCGUCAGCAGGAACAACGUCCAAUCAAUGCUAUGUCAUCCAUGGCGCAGGCCAUAAAGAAACUAAACAGCCACGUGCAUACGUUACCGAACCCAACAACCACGCCCAGCGCCAUCUUAAAGAAGGAACCAAUCUACUCGAAAACACUGAAGCCUUCAGCUUUGAAAGCUCCCCCAUACAAGGCACCUCCGCCUUACAAUGGUUGUGAUGGUACCGAUGCGCCUCCGGCAGCUCCGGCCAAAAGUGUGUCCUUUGCCGAGUCACCGGUGCUGUUGCGGCGCAAGGUUUGCUUCGAGGAUGAAGUGCAAGAAGUGCCGCCGUCACCGAGACGUCUCUGUGCUUCAUACAGCGUCGGUCCUCCGGCUCCACCACCAAGGGCUGAAGCGACGCGCCUUUCUACCACGUACACGUCACCUAAGCGGCUCAGUGAAUCGAGCGCCAAUCCUCCCCACGACUUCCUGAAAGAUCUCCAGCGUGUAAUGAACAAGAAGUGGCAGGUGGCGCAGAAAUGUAAGCUUGAGCCGGCGACAACUCCACACGAGGUGCUUGGCUUCCGUGAUAUUCACGGUGGAAACGAUCUGUACUCGUCCGCAACGCCUUACUACCGCGAAACGGCUAACGUGAGCAACUGGGUGCAGGAACACUACGGUGCAGCUCCGGACGGUUUGUAUGAGAACCUUGGCAGCAAUAUGGGCGUAGAACCAAACUAUCCUAUCGUGCUGAACGUAACAUUGCCCGGCAUGCAUCAGCAAUGCGCUCCGACCGGUGGGCCAAUGGCUUCCGGUGGAGGUAGUGUGAAGAAGCGACCACCACCACCACCCCCAAAGCGCAGCGAGAAGACACAGCUGACUACCACCUCCACUACGACAUCUAGCGUAAUAUCACAGCCUGGCCCCGGGGCGAUACCUUCGGCGCAUCAUCUCCAUCACCAUCAACAGCUGCUGAAUCAGCAAUACCUGCAACAGCAACAGCAACAACAGCAGCAACAGCAUCAACCACCACCAUCUCACCAGCAACGAGUCUGAACCCUGCUGUGCCUGUAUUGGCCACAAUGCAGGAAGGAAAGUGCUACUAAAUCCGAUACGUACUAACCUCGGUCGUGAUAGGCUAGCCUAGCGCCUAAAUGUAUGCAUGGACGGGGAAUGGUCUGGCCUAGUAUGCAAAUACACAUACACACACACACACUUACGCAUAUAUUUACGCAACUCGUGCAAAACCCGAAAAAGUCUGCUUAGUAAAAGAAUGGAACGUUCUUUGUUUUUAGUAACUAAAUUCGCUACUAAGCCGUAUAAGGUUAGGAGUGGGCGAUGAUUUAAAGCGACUCGAGUAAUUUAGUAAGCGCGCAAUCGAUCAAUCAUUAUUGUGAUUAGGUAGAGCAAAGCGGAAUGAUGACGGAGAAGGAGCGAGCACAUUUUUUAAGGUAUAAUUUAUUUAAAUCACUUUAGUAGAUAAACCUCCGAAAUGGGCCACCGAAUGAUGGGCCUAGAGGAGGAGCAGAAGCAGAAGUAAACGAAAAUUUCGAAGCUUUUUGUACAAUAAUUCAUUACAUGUGCACAGUACUACCGCGGUAGGGAUAGUGUUUAAGAAUCUCGGAGUAUGGCGAUGAGGACGGGCUUCCGGUCCGGAACCUUUGUACCCUAUGUAACCUAUGAACCUAUGUGCUUUGUUCUAGUAGCGCGGCUCUCGUGGAUCAAUGGUGGAUCUUUUUGAUUGUUAUUAAAGUAAAGCGAUAUAAAAUAUCCGGCUCCACCAACAGAACCAACGCGGACGGAUUGGCCAAGGGAUUCUCCCGCUUCGGCCUUGGUUGUUGUUAGACUGAGAAAGAAAGAGAGAGAGAGAGCGUGCGUCAUGGGUUUUCUUGGUGUGGGCAAGCAUCAACGACGAAAGUACUGAAACUGGAAUAGUAAACCGAGAUGGAUCGGUUGAUCCUUCUUGCUAAACCAAAUGUGGGAAAUCGAUCCCAGUAGCCCACGGGGAAAAGAAAGAAGCGAGAGAGAGAGAGAGCGAGCGAGCGAGCGAGCGAGGAAGAAGUUUUGUACAGUUUUUACGGUUCUUAUCGUGGAGUGUAGAAACGGGGAUUAGUAAACCGACACCGAGAGUGAUGCGGCGCGAACGAUUUACUAACAGCAAGUGCCAUGGGCUAAGCGUAGUUUUUAAGCGGACACAUAUUAAUAUUACCGUUCUAACUAGUGUGUCGUAAUAAAUCUUCGGACCCGUGUAUAUGUGUACGUCGUCAACUUUACUACUACUAUUCUGUGCUUCUUCAUCAUUUUACGUAGAUCGCUGAUAGUGUUAGUUACGUUAAACAAACCAACAUGCUUUUUGCCGUAAAAAGCAAACGUUGUUUCCCUUGUUCCGGUAAGAUCAGUUAUCUGUCGCGAGUAACAGUAUAUGUAAUUCUUCUAAGUAGAUCGCUUCGAUUGAGCUUUUAUUUGGACGGUUUUGUCAUUGAAUGGUUACUACAUAAGCUUUGAAUUUUUGGCGAGGAAAAACGAGCUGCAGUCGAGGGACGGGAAGCCUGUCCAGUUAGGUAUGCCUUUUUGGUAGUGGUUGACUGUGAACUGUGGCGCAUUUGGAGGCAUCAUUUACGACGAUUUGUAACAAUUUUGCUCGCAACGGUAUACGUUGCGGGUACGAUCAAAAUAUAUAAUAAGUAAAAUACACAAUAAAAUACACAAUUCACACAAAACACAGCAUAAUACAACAUCAGACUACGAUUAUUAAUGAAACACCACGGCGGGAGGCAUAAUACAAUAAUUUUACAAAAAACGAACAUAUAUAUCGAAUUUUACAGUGAAUGUGCAAUAGCGAUAACACGAAAGAAUGUGAGUGAGUUUUUGUGUGGCAAAGAACGUGUUUUUUGGUUUGGAUUGGUUUUUUUUACGAAAGAGGUGUUUUACACAGUCCACGUAUUGGACGAUAAAUGAAAGUAGUAUAGUAGAAGAAAGAAUAUGAUAUUCGCACACCAACACAAGGGGGUUGCGAAUGCGUGGAGGCGGGAUUUGGAUGAAAAGUUGAUAAUAUAUUAGGAACAAAACAUUGGUGCUUUCGAAAUUAAUGUAAAUUGUGGUGGGGAAAGUGAGCUAUUCUCAAAGCGGCACGGCAUCGUACGUAGCAAGCUGUUGUGAUGCUGUAAAAAUUCAAUUCAGUUCAAUGCUGAAUGCUUCGUAUCAAAUGCAAACAAUGAUUGCCAAAUACACACUACACACGUACACUGAGGAUCGCACUGAGGACGAGCUCAUAAUGCGGAUCAUGCCAACACAUCAAACACCCAGUACGACACUUCCGUCUUUGUUCGUUAUUAUCUAUCACAAUGAUAAAACUCUUCUUAAAUGUAGAACAACCUUCUUUUUGCGUAAUGGAGACGAUCUGCGCAUCGAUUUUGAAGAGAAAUAAUAAAUUUAACAGCUUAAUAGAUUAACAGCUUUUUUUGUGAAAGUCGAUGAUGCUCCAUGCUUUUAUGGGGCUUGUCCUUGUAUACAAAUAUUCUAAAUAGUAUUACUCAAACGAAAACAGAUGGUGAGAAUCGUUUAGAGAGCAAACGGCCUGGUGAAAGCAUAUAUCUCUAAUCUCCUUCCGAUCUACUUUCUGCCAGUCUAUAGCGAUCUAGGGAGAUUGAGCAGGGCAUUGCUCCGCUUCCACAGAGCAAGACAGAGAGGUAUGAUUUCGGGUGAACGAUAGCAAGAGAUGCUUAAAAUAUGGAGUAACACGAACCAAACGCUCAUACAGGAACAAACCAAUAGGAAAUAUUAGUGUGUGAAAGCUUAACGGAACCGUCUGUAACAAAACGUACGAAUAUUGUGCUUCAGUACUACUGCAACAGUGAGGAUCUCCGAAAGGACGUGUUAGGCAGAGCUGAAGUGUGUGACUGAUCUUGCAUACAUAUUUAGCUUGAAUGUUCCUGCGCAAAAACCUCUUACCGCUUUCUCGCACACUAGCAAACAGUAAAAGUAAACAAAAACGCUGCAUGCCUUUCUAGCUAUUAUUCCGUUUCUGUCUAUUGUUUUUGCGAUGUAGAUGUUUUGCUGGAAUCGUACGGGACGCGCGGUCUAAGGGCGGCUAUACAAAAGGGGACAUGGUGAUUGUGUACACGUAAACAGCGGGAAGACAAAACCGAACCGAAGUGAUACGAAGAGUGGAUUAGGUGUGAAGGAGAAGGAAACUGUGUACGUUUUAAGCAACAGACUAAUAUAUAUAGAACCUAAAGUAAACACAUAACAGAAACAAAAGCUUCCAAGCUUGAUGAAGGUAAACUAUGUAAAAAACAAAACCCCGGAACAAAACAACAGAAAGGAAACAACUAAGAAUAAAGAUGCUGCCAUUACAAAA